UCACCUAUCAAUCAUGCUGUCUCCAUGACCUCAUGCGACUCUUCAGAUUUACACAGGAGCAAACAAAACACCAUCAACAUAUCAGUAUAAUAGUCCCAAAUGAUAUGCGAAUAUUGAAGCGUUGUCAAAAUGGCAUCUUCUCGUUCAGAGAUGCCAAGCUACGCAAGAUUCGCAGAGUUUUCGGCAUCCGACCCAGAACUCACAAUCUUUAGAAAUUUUCAGGUCCUCGCCUCGAGAAACUUACUGUACCUACAAUCAGCCAUGCUCGAGAUCGAAAACGAGAUGCGCGAGCUAGACGAAGAGGAUGCCCGGGACAUGAUGAACCUGGAGGUCCUACUCUCCACCAAAUGCUGGGAGACCUUCUCAGCAAGAGCAAAGGAAAACUGCGAAAGAGAUGCUGCGAGAAUGAGACUUGUUGCUCGGCUGAAGGAGACUAGUAAGGAUUAUUAUGAAGCUCUAUUGCUCCAAAGCCAAGUCAUGAAGUUUCCCAAGCCCAAUGAUCGUGUCUUUCGAGUUUUCCGGGGCUGGUUCGAGGCCGAGCAGCCUUUUGUCGGCUACGGGACAGACCUCCUCGGCCAAAGGAGCGAUUUCAUCGCUCUUAGCCCGUCAAUUGAAACGGACUUCCUCACCAGAUCUCUUCAAGGCUUGGCUGGAAGGUAUUUACCGGGUUCACGGCACGAAACAAUGGGGGGUGUCAAGUACUACUCCGCUCGUCACGUCACCCGCCUCGUCAAGAUAAUCACCGUCCUCGCCGCCUCUCUCGUAAUACAAGCCGCCAUCGUCACCCUCUAUCUCCUCCGCAACGAGGUCCUGCGCCUCUGUAUGAUCGCCGUCUUCACUAGCGCAUUUGCAGCCAGCUUGGCCGUCAUGACGGACGGUAGGAGGACAGAUAUAAUCCUAGCAACGGCAGCAUGUGCAGCAGUUUUGGUAGCCUUCGUCGCACAGGAUCAAGGUUAGCAGUAUCGGUGCUGCGAUGCCUGGUUUGGUGUCGACUACCUGUUGAGUCAGGAUCAUGGGAGAUUCAGGGAAGAUCCAAAGGCCGGACACCGGCCUCCUGGAUUAGGGGAUCUUCAUCAGUGACCGAGGUUCCUGGGGCUUGACCUGAUGGAUACCUAUAAGCAAUUUAUUCUCAUAUGCCUUUUAUGUUAGCCAAGGUAUUGAUCCGACGAAAGACCCAAUGUUGCAAUCACACGAAUACCAAGCUUGGUUGAUGGUGGGCUCGAAGUCGAUCAAACCUCCGAGGGCCUGCUGUGCGCACCGUACCUAGUACGUUCGGUAAAACUGCAAAUUAAAGGCCCAUCAGCCCUACGGAGAAAGACUGGGUUAUGAUGCGCCCGUGCAUGAAACGAGCCAUGGAUGUUUCUGGCGCUGGACAAGUGUCCCGAUCUGUUUUUGGAGGCAGCCCGAGUUCAGGGGGAAAUGCACAUGUGCAGUUACAGU